AUGAGCCAACUAACUUUUCUCGAUUUGAGGUACAACUCACUCAAUGGGACAAUACCAUCUUCGUUGUUUGCUCCGCCUUCAUUGGUUCUUAUAGGAUGGAGUAACAAUAAGCUACAGGGACCAAUUCCAAGAUUAGUUUAUCAACUCCAGAACCUAACAUACUUGCCGCUUUCAUCAAAUAACUUAAGUGGUGUAGUGGAUCUAGAUAAGCUUCUAAAGCUUAAAAAUCUGAUCUAUCUUGAUCUCUCAUAUAAUGGUCUCUCAUUGAGCAUCAACAACAUUGUCAACUCUACCUUGCCCAACUUGGAGUAUAUAAGUUUAGCUUCUUGCAGCUUAAGCGAAUUCCCAAACUUCUUGAGAGAGCAAGCCAGAUUGCGUUCUCUAGACCUUUCAAACAACAAAAUUCACGGUGAAGUUCCAAAAUGGAUAUUUGAUGUGGGGAAAAAUACAUUGGAAGGUUUAAAUCUCUCUCAUAAUUUCCUUACAAGUUUAGAGCGUCUUCCAUGGAAGAAUCUAGCAUAUAUUGGCCUGCACUCCAACUUACUCCAAGGACCACUCCCUAUUCCACCUAACACCACAAAUGUUUUCUCUAUCUCAGACAAUAAAUUGACCGGAGAAAUCCCUGCAUUGAUUUGCAAUCUGAGUUAUCUUCUAGUUCUUGAUCUAUCUAAUAAUAGUUUGAGUGGCUCGAUUCCACAAUGUUUGGGAAACUUGAGCAAUAGUCUAUCGGUGUUGAAUUUAGGGAUCAAUAGAUUUCGUGGCACGUUUACUGUAACAUUUACCAAAGGCAACAUGCUAAGGAAUCUUAACUUGAAUGGCAAUCAAAUUGAAGGACAAGUUCCCCGAUCUUUGCUCAAUUGUAGACGCUUGGAAGUUCUAGAUCUUGGAAAAAACAAGAUAAAUGAUACAUUCCCCCACUGGUUGGAAACACUUCGAAAUUUGCAGGUGCUUGUCUUGAAAUUUAAUAGGUUUCAUGGUCACAUAGGCACCUUCAAGACCAAGGGUAAACAUCCUUUCCCUAAGUUGAGAAUUAUUGACAUGUCUUACAAUGAUUUCAGUGGGCUUUUGCCAACAAAUUAUAUCAAACAAUUUGAAGCUAUGAUGAAUGUGGAUGAACAUGAAAUGAAACUGAAAUAUAUGGGUGAGCCUUAUUACCAAGAUUCUGUGGUGGUGGUGGUGGUGGUGAUGAAAGGACUGGAGAUUGAAUAUUCAAGAAUCUUAACUGUCUUCUCAAUCAUUGAUUUAUCAAGCAACAAUUUCCAAGGAGAGAUUCUGAAAUCCAUUGAGAAGCUUAAUUCGCUUCGGGGUCUUAACUUAUCUCAUAACAAUCUCACAGGCCAUAUCCCAACUUCACUUAGAAAUUUGAAAAACCUUGAAUCAUUGGACCUUUCCUCAAACAAGCUUGUUGGGGAGAUUCCUCAACAAUUGACAAAUUUGAUGUUUCUUGAGGUACUAAACCUUUCGGUCAACCAAGUAGUAGGACCAAUUCCUCAAGGGAGGUAG